AACCCGGUUGGUUCUCUCGGACCGCAUAGUGUACAAAAACCUCGAACCUGCAGCUGCAGAUCGUAUUUCAUCGUCUCCCUCUCCCUAACUCCUCCAAAAAUCGAUCUCCGAUUUCUCUUUAAUUUUCCCUUCUAACUCUUCCAAUUAACGCUCUAUCCGUUCAAUUCACGGUCUCCUCUUUUGAUCGAUACCUCUUUCGAUCUUGGCCGUUGAUUUCGCACCAUUCUAGGGUUAGGGUUUCGAGUCGCGUUCUCGUUGGUCCUCCAAUCUCUUGAUUUCUGAGAGCUUUGAGAUAUCCGCUGUGUAUUUCUUAAUUUCCCUAUCAAUUUUGGAUAUAUUAUUGUAUAUUAUUUCGUUUCUCUUUGAUCUUAGGGUUUCGAAUUUUUUCGAUCCGUGUAGUGUUUGUUGCAAUUUGUAAAUUGUCUUGGGGCUUUGAUUCCUUUCGUUAUUUCGUCUUCGUAUUACCCUUUUUUGACAGGAAAUUGGGUUGAAUUGUUGGUGAAUUCGGAACUUAGGGUUAGGGUUUUUUCGAAAAUUUUUAAGUUCUCUUUUUGCGAAAUUGGAUUGGGGGUUGGUUUCCUCUCACCUUUAAAUCCUCUUAGCGGUAUUAUUGCUUUUUCUUUCUGCCUAAAUUAACCUCCAAUUUUCUCAUAUUCAGUCUUUGAGUUUCAAUUCGACGAAUUUUACCGGCUAAUGGGAUUUAAACGACCUUUUGAUAGUGAGGAGUUUCAGGAGCUUCCUUUUAAGCAGGCUCGACAGGUGGACUACAGCAAUAAGCUGACCCAAUUUGCAAACUUGUAUAAAACCGCAUCUCAGGGGCUCGAUGUUACAUACAAUGAGGGAAGCUUUGUAAAACCUCAACAGCAUGAUACAUUUGAAAAUAAAAGUGUAGAUGAAGAGCCUAGUUUUGCUAAAGAUGUUGAGUUCAGUGCUCCUUUGUCAUUGGUCACAAGCAGUUCUAGUGAUGAAGAUAUUGGGUCCGGUGUGGCAGCUUAUUCUUCUCAUUCCCCAGAACAUCCUGAAUUUGGUUUUCCCCAGAAACUUUUUCCUUUUGGGAAUGCCUACUCCUCAUACUUGGAUCAUUCUCCUAGAAAGCAAGUUCCUCUUGGACCAAAUCAUCAAGCCAGCAUUCCAAUGUGGGGCAGGCACGAAAAGGCGAACCCAUCCGAACAUGACUCUGUUGAUCCAAAUAGGUUCUCUUCUCUUUCUGGAUCAGACCUGAUUUGUGAUGACAAUGAAGAGAAGCUGAUGGGCACAUGCAUUAUUCCGAUGCCAGAUACAGUGUCUUCUGCAGACUGCAAUGAUGAGGCUGGACAUGGCAGAACUGAUUGCAGUUGCCUGGAUAAAGGCUCUAUAAGAUGUGUGCGACAACACAUAGUGGAUGCUCAAGAAAAACUCAGAAAAUCCCUUGGGCCUGAAAAGUUGAUGAAUUUGGGGUUUUAUGACAUUGGAGAGGAGGUGACACAUAACUGGAGUGAGGAAGAGCAACGGGUGUUUCAUGCAGUUGUGUAUUCAAAUCCUGCAUCCUUGGGCCAGAACUUUUGGAAGCAUUUAUCACAAGUUUUUCCUUCUCGAUCCACAAAGGAAAUUGUCAGCUAUUAUUUCAAUGUCUUUAUGCUUCGGAGGCGGGCUGCUCAAAACAGAUCCAACUUCCUCGAUAUUGACAGUGAUGAUGAUGAAUUGCAUGGAAUCAAUAGGGGACCCUUCAAAGUUCGAGUUUCAGAUGAAGAUGAUGACUCUGACAUUGAGUCUCUUGAUCAGUAUGGUCAUGUAGAUCAUGGAGAGGAUACUCUUCUUGAAGAUGAUGAUACUGAUGAUGACGAUGAUGAUGAUGACGGUGAUGGUGACGUUGAAGGGAAUAUGGGAGAUGUUAGUGGAGAUGCCACUGGAGAAGAUUCUGGGGUAGAUUAUGUUUCAGAAGCUCAUGAUCUGAAUGCAUUUGAUGGCAGCAGGUUUGAUGCAGUCAUUGAGCAUGUGGAUAAUAAUGCAGGAAGUGGUGAGGAGGAUUUCACUUUUCAAGAUGACUCAUGCAUGUCAUUUGAGUUGCAAGCUGAUAAGUUUGACUCUUGUGAUCCAGUCGACGCUGGUGCUGCUUUGCAACUGAGUGGGGUUAAGGGUGACGACAGGGAAUGUAUGCCUGGGAACAGGGAUGAGUACAGUGAUGUUGUGGAUCAGCUGUACUUAUUGGAUAGUUGUGAUGCUAAAGCUUGGGAUGCCCGGUACACAGUUCCAAUGAAAGGUGUUGAUCUUCUGCCCACAUGUAACAUCAUAGAAGAAAUUUUUGGACAAGGAGCAUCCAAUGAGUAGAUAAGAAAUAACUGUGGCAACAGCUAGUGCCUCUCCAAGAUCCUCAAGCAUGUACAGUUUGUGUGGCCCUUGUAAGCGUCUGGAUCCUGGGAAUUUUCUAGCUAAGCACACUUGGCAAGAAUUUUGAUUUCUAGGUGAUCUUUUUUCCUUUUAUUAAAUUGUGGGGGAAGGAGCAAAAAAAGAAAAAAAAAGAGCAGAUUUUAGAUUUAGAUUUUGUUCAUGUACAUUCAUAUGUGGAAUUUAACAUUUGAGAGUUUUUUUAUAUAA